GGUGUGUGCCAUGUUUAUGUAGCCAUAGAAAACAGUAUUCUGUGUGCCUUGAAAGAUCAGUCAAAAUCACCUAAAAUGUCUGGUACUGAGGGGGGUUCUCUUUUGAAAAAUGGCUGGUCGCUUUUUAGAAAAGUAGUCACUAUGAGGGUUGUAAAAGUCGCUAAAUAUAGCAACCAAAUUGCUAAGUUGGCAAAACUGACUGUGCUUUUGUAAACUGGCUCCUGUCUGUUCACAGCCAUGUUUUUUUAGUGUAAGCAGAGAACAUCAGGGCUUUGAAUUACACAAUCUGCUGAUAAAAAAAUUAUCCUGACAAAUAAAUUCUAAUUAAUCGAUGAAAUAUAUUAAUUGCCAAGUCCUACCUCACAGUAUGAACACACAUCUUCUCUUUUAGUCCACUUGCUGUGCAGCCGCCACUUCCAAUUAUCGGGUGCCCAUUACAGACCCAAAGUUCUUCUCCCAGAUGACGGUGGAUGAGCUGGCCCACAUCCUUCGAUCUGACAAUGAAACGACCAUGCCCAUGAUUGAGGAGCGCCAUCAGGUGCUGACUGAAGGCGGCCGUGUGCUGUUGCAACACGGUGGAAGCUUCCAGAGUUUCAUAAGCCAGGCCGGCAACGACGCCCGCAAGAUGGUGGAGCUCGUCGUGGAGAAGAUGCCCUCCUACCGAGACGAAGCCGUUUACCAGGGGAAGCGGAUCUCGUUGUACAAGAGGGCUCAGAUCCUGGUGGCAGAUUUCUGGGGCGUCGCGGCGGCCAGAGGCGAGGCGGACAUCGUCAACAUAGACUGGCUCACCAUGUUCGCGGACUACCGGGUCCCGCAGGCCCUCGUCUACCUGGGCGCGCUGCGAUACUCGGACGCUCUGAUGCGCACACUCAAAAGCGGCGAGCUGUUGCAUUCGGGUGACCGCAGGGAGGUGGAGAUCCGGGCGUGCUCCAUUUGGGCGGUGGAGUGCAUCAAGGCCCGUCUGGGCGAGCUGGCGCGGCAACAGGGCGGUGACAGCGGUGUCAUCAACUCGGUGCUUAUCGACUUCUACCUGUGGCCGUACGCCAAGAAGCACCACCGAGAGAUGGCCCACAUUCCCAUACACCACACGCGAUGUGUUUACUACUGACAAGCUGCACGCCGACUGUGUCCCAGACUAAGCCAAGUGCCUGUAUGUACAUUAUUUCAAUCGUCGUUUUUCCUAUUCGUCAUACAGUGGAUGCCAAAAGUCUGCACACCCCUGUUCAAAUGCCAGUUUUUUAUGGUAUAAAACAAGACUCAGAUAAGUUGCAAAACGUUUUCCAACCUUAAUGUGGCCUGUAACAUGUACAAUCUAUUUGAAAAAGUGAAGAACAAAUGAACUAUAUUAAUUGUUGAUUAUUUAUUGUUUCUCAUGGAUAGCUCUUUCGAUGUGCAAAAUUAACCCAAAAUUUUCAGGAGGACCCGAAAAGACAAUUUUUACCUUUACAGGAGGACUUAAUUGGACCACUUUAAUCUUUUCACCGCACAUGCCAUGAUAAAUGAAUGGACCAACAAAUUAACCUGGUUCAAUUAGAAUACAAACUGUCAAGUCGUCUUCAUCAUGCUGUUGACAUUUUGAAAUGAUGAGACCAAGCCGCCAGCUAACCAUUGAUCUACAGUACCUUGCCAUUGCGAGGCUUCAAAUAAUAGAAUGUUCUCAGACUCUUGAGACUCAGAGGGAAGUGUCCACAACAGGCUGCGAAGAGAUACAGAGAGACUGGAGGAGUCACAGAAAGGCAUAAAAGUGGACGUCGUUGCAAAUGUAUUGGUCGAUUCAUGCAACCCUCAUAGUUUUGAUUUGAAAUAUAUCUUUUGUGACACCAUCCUGGAACCUUUCUGACACAUUUUAUUUGAAACCCCCAAACGCCCCAUAAAUUAUUAUUUUUUUGCCUGCGGUUUACAACAUUUUCUAUGUA